AGGACGAAACGAUUCCCGUGUUCCUUGUUUUGUCUGGCCUACGGCUCUGCUCAAACGAAACAUCAGCUGAGGCAAAUAUCUCGGAAGGCUAACAUUUGAGAGCGAGAGAGGGAGAGAGAAGGCGGAAGGAGCAAUAUCAUGUUCGUGUGAUUAGAUUUGAUCCGUUGUUCGCAUAUUAGGUUUAGGGUUUUUCUGGUUUGCAGGAAAAUGGCGAUUUAUGUGUCGGGGAAGAUGAAGAGGAAAGAUUUUGAUGAGGUCUACGGCGAUUUCUCUGAUUCAUUGAUUUCUGCGCCGGCUACGAAGAUUAGGAGGCUGGAUGUUGAAUUGCCUCUGAUCGCGGAAAAUCAAGAACCAAUUUUUCCCUCAAUUCUUGGGAAAGAACGGCCCGAUGAGGAAAUGUCUAGUGCCGUGAUGGAUGUGCGGUCAGGAUUAAUCGAAGCUGUUUCGCCUUCCACCUUAAAUGAAGAAAGAGCUCUGGUUAUGUAUCAUCCUCCAGAUGCUCACAUGGCCUCUUAUUUUAAAAUUAACCCAAAACUGAUCUCUUGCCUCAAGAAUUACACAUUCUGGCCAAGGAACCCAAACAUGCUGGUUGAAGAAGAGGUUGAGGAAGAGAUGCAAUCACCUGCUAAGAAAUGUCUAGCUGUGGUUCCUUGGGUUCCACCUCAUGCCGACGUAACUCGACAAGUAAUGGAAGCCUUCGCAUCUGGAAAUGAGCCGAAUGAAGAACCCAUGGAAGCCGAAGACGCGGAAGCGACUACAAAUAUGGAAAUUGAAGACGAGAAUGGUGUAUCUGAUAUUUCUGGCAUUGGAGUUCAGGCCAAUCAGCAUUGGAAGCAACAUUGCAUGACUCCACAGCUCCCGCAGAGCAACUCCACUGUAAUGUGGUCAUGAAAUGUUCUAAUUUUUUUUGUUUGGAUGAUUUACAUACAUAUCACUUAAUUCCCCAUGUAGUAAAUAGUUCUAA